CCAAGUUCAAACACAAUUCAUUCUCCCCUGUGACUCCACCGAGUCCCAGCAGCGCCCCCUUCGACGCAUUCAAGUCAGUGAUCACGUGACGUCCUCAACGAUUCGCUGAAGUUGGAGAAAAGUUUGAGAGCGAAAGAGAAAAGGGGGAAGAGAGAGCGAGAGGCGAGAGCUAGAGAGAGCCACACAUCGCGGAAGGGAGGCGCACCAAAGCUACCGAAGGGUUUUCAUCUCCUGACGCGCGAUGGACUCCGUCGCCCAGAAAGUGCUGUCCGCGGGCUUCAACGUGGACCUGGCGCCCCUGAAAGAACCGCUGGCGUUCAUCCGCCUGCUUCAAUGGGUGUUCGCCAUCUUUGCCUUUGCUACGACUGGAGGCUACAGCGGCACCACCAGCAUCAACGUCCAGUGCAAAGGAAAUGCCAGUCAAGAAAUACUGGCAAACUUUAACUACCCAUUCAGGUUGAUGCAGCAUUCUUAUAAUGUUCCUGACUGCAAAAUCAAUCAAACUGCCACUACUACUGAGUACUUCCUGAUGGGAGACCACAGCUCCUCUGCACAGUUUUUCGUCUGCAUUGGCGUGUUGGCCUUUCUCUACGCCUCUGCGACGCUAGUCCUCUACUUGUGCUACCAACCCUUGUACAGAGAAUCUAGUCGUGGCCCCAAUGUGGACCUGUUGGUGACUGUCGCCAUGGCCAUCUUGUGGUUGUGUUCAUCCUCUGCUUGGGCUCAGGGACUGACCGACGUUAAGAGGGCUACUAGUCCUACAAACAUUGUAGGUCUCGUUCAGGUGUGCAAGGAUAUGAACAACUGCAGCCCAGGUGCUCUGCCUCACAUGGGCCGACUAAACGCCUCUGUGAUUUCUGGUUUUCUCAACCUCAUCCUGUGGGUCAGCAGCUGCUGGUUCAUUUACAAGGAAACCCCUUUCCACAAGUCAGCCAGCCCGCCUGCAGAUGUGGAGAGGGUAGUCGGGCCGCCCUAAACGCACAACUCCUUCAUUUCAAAAUUGAAUGAGUCUUUUUGGUAACAAUUGUUAAAUGUGUAAAGGUAUACAUUUUCAAACAUCCGUUUUAAAGCAGCUCCUUUGAGUUUUU